GUGGGCGGGGCGUGAUCCGGUUGGUAACGCAGAGAAAGGCACACAAGCACACAAACUCUGUGGUCUCGACUCGGCGAGAAGCGCCCUUUUCCAAAUGGCGACUACACCGGAAGACCAGUGGGAACCGGCGCUUCACGGCUGCCACCACAACAGUAACAACAACAACAAUAACAACAACAACAAAGACAGCGAGGCGGGAGACAGCACCGCGACAACGGCCAGCUCGCCGGAACCUGGCGGGAAGACGUCGCAUAGCGUUGGUAAUGGCUCGGUCAUCAACCCCACCGGGGGCAAUAACCGGAAAUGGGUUCGCCUGAACGUCGGCGGUACGGUUUUUCUCACCACGAGGCAGACGCUCCUCAAAGAACAAACUUCGUUCCUGUACCGACUGUGCCAGCAGCAGUAUCUACACUCUGACACGGAUGAGACGGGAGCCUAUGUGAUUGACAGAGACCCCACCUACUUUGGACCCAUCCUCAACUACCUGCGACACGGCAAACUGGUCUACAACAAGGAGCUGGCUGAAGAAGGUGUCCUGGAGGAGGCCGAGUUCUACAACAUCACCCCCCUGAUUAAACUGAUCAAGGAGCGGAUUGUUGAACGGGACUCCAAGUCCACACAGCAGGUCCCCCCUAAGCACGUCUAUCGAGUGUUGCAGUGCCAGGAGGAGGAGCUGACCCAGAUGGUCUCCACGAUGUCCGACGGCUGGAAGUUUGAGCAGGUCAGCGUGCGCGCCUGCAGAAAGCCCCGCACUGGACUGCUCUGGACUAUGGUGAACAUCGGAUCAUCAUACAGCUAUGGGACUGAAGACCAGGCUGAGUUUUUGUGUGUAGUUUCCAAGGAGCUUCACACACCCGGUUCUGGACUGGGUACGGAGCAGAGCCACAAAACAAAGCCGACAGAGACGCAGGAGGAGGAAGCAGCACAGGAGGAGGAGGAGGAAGAGGGAGGGAGAGAAACCACACCGAAUGAGUGGCUUAGAGAAUGAGGGAGUCAUGUUUCUUUGUUCCAAAGAGAGUCGGGAAAGGCUUUUCCAGAUCCAUGGCUCCCGGAUGUAGACAUGACAAGAACCUAAAUCAUUUAUUUAGGCUUAUUACAACAUCCUGUACAUGGUGUGUGUGUGUGUGUGUGUGUGUGUGUGUGUGUGUGGCAUCAAACAUCUGCUGGAAACAGAUGUGUAGCAUUUUUAUUGCUUUUUUGACAAACAAGACAUAGCUGAAUGCAGCGGCAUCCUCCAAAAUAUUUUCCAGGGAGUAAAGUAGUAGAAGUUUAGUUGCCACGAAUGGUAGUGCAGCUUAGUACAUUUACGACCAAAGAUAUGGAAAUAUGACGACACCUUUUGAAUUUGUAGUGUUGCCGCCACGGUGGAAUUCAUAGGCACACCAAAUUAACACCCAAAUGAUACAAUCAUCUGAUGUGUAGCACAAAACUGCUGUUGCUUAACAUGCAUCACCUUAAUAUAUUUGACAUCUAUCCAUCAUGAGGGUAUGCUGGAACCUAUCCCAACUGACUUCCCGGAGAGAACAUAAGAGAUGUGGAACCCCCAAGCGGAGAAUCGAACCCAGGUCUUCCCGGUCUCCCGACUGUGUGGCCAACAUGCUAACCUAAUCUUCGACCGUGCGGCCCGUGCUUUGUCCCAUUUAAACAAAUAAAAGCCUCAUUAUCACAAAAA